AUGGUUUCCAGCCACGGCGUUACGGGAAUGCUGGGUGAAGAUGGCAUCCACGUCGAUAUGCAGCAUCUGAAGAGUGGAGAGGUCAACCUUGGAACCUCCAUCAUGGCAAUCAACUUCAAGGACGGCGUUAUUUUGGGCGCCGACAGCCGCACAACCACUGGCGCUUAUAUUGCCAAUCGAGUCACCGAUAAAUUGACACAGGUGCACGACACCAUCUGGUGCUGCCGCUCUGGUUCGGCCGCGGACACCCAGGCCGUGGCAGACAUUGUCUCCUACCAUCUCAACAUGUACGGCGUUGUCAACAACGAGGCUCCCAGCACGCAGGUGGCCGCUUCGCUCUUCCAGGAAUUGUGCUAUGAGAACAAGGAUGCGCUUAGCGCGGGCAUCAUUAUUGCCGGAUACGAUCCCAAGCACGGCGGCCAAGUGUACUCGAUACCGCUGGGCGGCUCCCUACACAAGCAAUCAUUCGCGAUCGGCGGCUCUGGCUCGACCUACAUCUACGGUUAUACCGACGCACACUGGAAAGAGCAGAUGACGGAGGAGGAGGGCAUCGAUUUCGUGCGGAACUCGUUGCAGGAGGCGAUCAAGUGGGAUGGUAGCUCUGGAGGCGUGAUUCGUAUGGUGGUCUUGACCAAGAAGGGCGCCGUGCGGCACCUGUACCUACCGGACACCAACUACACCGGGCCCGGCGUGACAAAUUAA